UUGUCUGCAGGAGGGAAAGUUAAUCCUCCAAAAACAUAGACGAUCUUUGUGGAGCAGUGGGCGUUCAGUUUCUCCCUCCCUCCUCCCUCCCUCCGUGGGUCAGCGUGGGCGGCCCCGUGUGGCAGGAGGAGAGCGAAACACGACACCCCGACGGAGGAAGAGGGGGGCCGAGAGAACACGAAGUGACUGAGUGAGUGGAAAAAGAAAAAGUGCGAGCCGGAGACGGAGCGGGGACGGAGAGAGAGAGAAGAGCCCAGUUCGGUUCCUUUGUGCGGCGCCGCUGCUGUUGUUGUGACCGUCGGUGAGCCGCAGGGAGACGGACGACGAUGAGGAUGAAGACGUGGAGGAGGACUCGACCAUGCGAUAUCGUUCCAACGCGCCGGACGGACGCUUAGACUCGCCGCAUUCCGUCGCUCCAGCACCGACCAACAGCAGCGCGACUCCUCCAAACUUUGACCUGCGCCAUUCAGACCCGGCCGCCUGGAUUUCCCCCCUCAACAGGCUUCGGGGCAACUUUUUUCUUUACUCCCCCAGCAGACGCCCCGCAGUUGAGACACGGACGAAAAAGUUUUUGCCGCGAUAGUUUUGUUGAAAAAACGAACUCCGUUGAAAGUUAGCGGCCGGUUUUGAACUCCUAAAACCGGGGCAGGCUGUUUGAAACAAGCCGCUGGUGAGAACAACACCGGAGGAAGGAGUGGGGUGUCGCUAGCUCACUCGGCGGCUACAAGCUAGCUAACUACCGUCUAAAGUUACGAGUCGACGGGAAAAGUGACCGAAGCGGAGCACCGAAGACGGCCACGAAGAUGAAAACCCCGGCAGACACGGGGUUUGCUUUCCCAGAAUGGGCCUAUAAGCCAGAGUCGAGCCCUGGAUCCAGGCAGAUCCAGCUGUGGCACUUCAUCCUGGAGCUGCUGAGGAAAGAGGAGUACCACGACGUCAUCGCCUGGCAGGGAGACUAUGGAGAGUUUGUCAUCAAAGACCCAGACGAGGUGGCCCGACUGUGGGGUGCCAGGAAGUGUAAACCCCAGAUGAACUACGACAAGCUCAGCCGAGCUCUCAGAUACUACUACAACAAGAGGAUUCUUCACAAGACCAAAGGAAAGAGAUUCACCUACAAGUUCAACUUCAACAAACUAGUGCUGGUCAACUACCCCUUCAUCGACAUGGGCUCCGGCCGAGUCCCACAGAGUGCCCCUCCUGUGCCGACCGGAGGAACCCACUUUCGUUUCCCUCCUUCCACCCCUUCAGAGGUCCUGUCGUCCAGCGAGGAGCUCCGCAGCCCGGGUAUGUUCAGCAGCGUCGCCCGCCGCAUGGCCCGAGGCUCCGUGAGCGACUGCAGUGACGGCACCUCCACCAACUCUGAGCUGGAGGAGGCUGUGGGCGCCGAGGAAAGAGCCGUAGGGCAGGAGAGGGCCUUCAGGGGUCUCCUUCCUCCCCGCCUGCCUCAUGAUUCUCUGUUCAGGGUCUAUGGAGGGGCUCCAAACCCAGCGGGGCUCCCCAGACCUGCCCCCAGGGUCCACCCAGAGCCUCUGUCCCCCUUCCCCGUCUCACCCCUGCCUGGUCCUGGAGGUCUGCUGGCCCCGACUCUGUCCCCAGCCCUCUCUAUGACCCCCACCCCCCACCUGCCCUACACCCCGUCCCCCUCUCUGUCGUCCCCCAUGAUGGGCUCCCACUUCUCCUUCAACCCGGAGGACAUGAAGCACUACCUGCAGGCCCACACCCAGUCAGUCUUCAACUACCACCUCAGCCCCCGAGCCUUCCUCCACUACCCCAACAUCAUCAUCCCACAGCCCCACCGCCCCACCCCCGAGAAACCGGCCGCCCAUCACCUCCACGGCCCGCCCAUGUCGCUCUCUCAUUCGCUGAGCCAGCAGCCUGGGGGCGGCGACGACGGGCACCAGCAUCCAUCACCGUACAAGUUCAAGCUGCAGCCGCCGCCGCUCGGCCGCAAACAGAGGGAAGCAGGGAGCUCAUUGGCUACUUCUUCUUCCUCCUCUUCCUCCAGCCAGUCCUCCUCAUUCACAGGGUCUGGUCAGAUAAGCAGUUCUGCCCUCGCUGGGGGGCCUCCUAAGAUCAAGGUGGAGCCCAUCUCAGACAUUGAAUCCGAAGAAGAGGUGGAGGUGACCGACAUCAGCGAGGAAGACGAGCUGAAUCACAACAACGAGGAUGACCAAGGCGACAUCUUCACUCCAACAGUUCGCCACCGUCCCCAUCUGCUCAACAACCACCACCAGGCCAACGGAAACAGCAGCAGCCCUUCUGCUCCUCUUCCUCCUCUGCCCGACGACGACGACGACGAGGAGGUCUUCAAGACUCCGGCCACUCCUCCUCCGGGCAGCGGCGGCCUGGCCUUCCCCCUGAUCAGCCUGAAGAGCGAGCCGGGCCAGCCGUCUCCCAUCAGCCCUGGGGGCACUCGCUGCAUCCCGCUGAAGCUCCGAUUCAAACGCCGCUGGAGCGAAGACCAGAAGAUGGAGGCGGACGGAGAGAGGGACGAGGCGGAGGACAAGAAAGUGAGGGCCGAAGGAGAGGAGGAGGUGGAGGGGAAGAGGGAGGAGGCCGGGAGGAGAGAGAGCGAGGUGGAGAACGGAGGAGGGAGAGGCGGGGGAGUUAUUCUGGGGCUGAUGCUGCCACCGCCUCCCACCCAGCGCAGAGCGAGUUCAGAGCUGCAGAGGGCCACGGCACAGCUGUCUCUGGAAAACACCGGCUGCUGAGCUUCAUGCACACAAACACACAGGGGAUCUCAGUCAGACACAAACACACUUCUGGAAGUCUGUCAACAAGUUCAGUAGCUUCAGGUCGACCAUAAAGUCUUGUCAGUUCUUGCCAGCAGGGAGUUUUUUUAAUGCGAAAAAGUCGACAAAACCUCCAACGUCAUCAUUCUGAAUGUGUCAUAUGCAGGAAUUGCUUUUGUGUAAUAAUUAAGGAGUUGUUGGUCUCCAGUAACUGACUUCACAGCUCAUGAAAUGAACAGAAACAUGAUCUUUUCCUACAUAUGAUACAUCUACACGUUCACAUCAAAGUAAAAGACAAAAGUGAUGAGUUUGUUGUACUUUUUUGCAGCAACAUGAUUGGUCAGUACUGUCGGCAAGUAGCUACAAGAAGUUAUGAUCCCUGUAAAACCAUGAGACAUAGAUGUCCCUGUGUUGCCUCUAAUGUACAGAAAGGAGGUGUGUGUCCACCAAAGUGUUUAUUCCUGCUGCCUGCCACUUUUUUCACUUUUUGCAAUGAGAGCGCUGCGUGUUUACAGAAUAGUGAAGGCGUUAGGAAAUGCAGAACGUUUGUUCUGGUCACAAAGAGUUGGAAAAUGUUCUUCUCUUGAGGCUUUAUGACAGGAGGAAUACCACCAACGCCAGCCAAUUUCCACGUUAUACUUGUACAAAUACUGAACAGAAAUGCGGUAGAAGAGAAGUUUUAAUACUGCUGCUGUCCGAGUAUCCACAUCUGCAUCACAUAACAUCUCCAUACUACAACAGUAUUAACGUACAAAAAUAGCAGAAUUAGCUGCAAAGUGUUUCUUUUGAAGCUUGGAGUUGUUCGGUUUUGGGACUCAGCACGGUUCUGUAAACCUUCAAGUUUGUGUACUAUUUGUAAACAUCAACAGACUUCAGUAGAGUCUGUAGGUGAUAAAGUUACUCAGCAGCAGACAGCUGGUCCUGAAAAAUAAAAGCACAAAAUGUGACCAAGACCUGAAGUGGAGGAGCUGUCUGGUACUAAGUAGGCAUUUCCUGGAUGUUGAUAGUUAUUUUCUUAAAGAUACAGACACUGAAUGACCUGUUUUUGUGUAAAAGUGUCUGGCUCACUUAAGGCAAAAAGUACAAGUUCUGCAUGUUGCUCUCGACUGUUUUUUAGUGACGCAGCAGCUGCUUUACUGACUUUUACAUGACGUGUAAAUGUGUUAGGAACAUUUUUACAGUCCACUGGUACUUGCAUCACGUUACAUUCUUGGAUAUUCGGCAUCAGAGCAACCAGCUGAGAAAACUUUGCACCUCCGAAGUGCUUCCAACUGGAAGUAUUCGACUUUAUCAGCAGGCAAGAAAUCACUUUGGUGGCCACUCAGCCUCCGUCAAGACACCUUUGUGCCCCUGUUAUCUUAUCAAACGCAGCAGACACAGUGCUGUCGCUGUGACUUAAACACUACGAGAUAACCAAACUCAGAUUGUACAUUGAUUUCUGCUCGAUUUUUUUUUUUUUUUCCAAAACAUCGAAGCGCCACAGUGAGGGAGUCUGCUCUUAAUAUCCGUUAGGAACUACACACUGCCUCGUCAAAGCCUCCUCGCCCUCCUAGUGCCAGUAACUCUGCCAUCCAUCACCUCACGUCACACGUGUGCCCGGAUCAUCGUCAUCUUUAAACGCAUUCAGUCGGUCUAACUUGUUUGUCUGGAGCAGCGAAACUAAUUUGCAUCCUCCUCUAAAGAGUACAAAGGCGGCCUGAAUUGUACAAAAGUAGAUAGAAAGAGUUUUAAUGAAUUUCUCACUCAUCUGCGGCUCACUUGAAGGCGGUGAGCACUCCUCCUUAUCUCCCCCUCGCUUCUUUUUCCCGCUCCUUUGUAUUCACCGUAAGAGACAGACAAAUCCUGAUGUUACUAAGAAGACUUAACAGCCCUGAUAGAGAUUAUAGAAGUGCCUCUCUGUCUGCACCCAUCACCAUGCAGUCGUUUACAAGAUGGAGGGCAGUGAGGUAAAAAAAAGGAAAAAAAAAAAACGAACUCACUCUGAAGGAUCUUACAGACUGAAGAGGGUUUUUUUCCCUUUCAAGUGGUGAUUAGAAAGAACUCUGCAAUCAGUCUUUUCUGCAGGAAACAGCUCGGACACUGUCGGACUGAGUGGCCUCCUGUCCUCAGCUCGUUCACUACAGACACAUGAAACGACGAUGAGCUGUGCAUCUACACCCGAGGAGGAGGAGAGGAAGACUCUGACCUCUCCAACCGACCUGACUCACUGACAGACGUUAUUGGACAUUUCGAUUCUCGUUCUACAGCGAAAGCAGCCGGCUCUCGGAGGAUCUUUUCCCUCCCGUUUCUCUUCGCCUGUCGCAGGAAACGAGGAAGCAGCUACGAGGAAGGCUGUAAUUACAGACACACUUGUUUCUCAGAGUGUGUUUGGACACGAAGCUGCUGCCGAAACAUCUGGCCUCGGCUUCUCGUGUCCCCGCGUGACUUCGCACAAUCUUUGAGGGGUUUGGAGGUUUGAGGGCAUUUUUAGUUGUUUCUUUUUUUUUUUUUUUGCCCUCAAUCGUACAGAUCAACAGCUCUCUUCUGCAUUCCCCCGUUAUUUUGUUUAUUGUUUUUUUUUUUUUAAAUGACUGUACUCUUUCUGUCAGCGGACGUUUGUGCCUGUUAAGGACGUGGACAGUAUUUUAGGGCAUUUUGCAGUGAUCUGAGGGCUUUCUGUAUUUUGGAUAAAAUUGCCAAACAUGUUCACGCAACGAUUGAAGCCAACCGAUUUGUCUUGGUGGGGGUGGGGGGAGAAACGGGAACCAUGAAUGUGGAGCAUCAAGGUUAACUCAGGCUAAACCUUCACUGAGAUAUUUUUAAUAUUCAUGUAGUGUAAAGAGAGAAAAGACGUGCCCAUUUUAACGAACAAAACAAUUUAGAAUGAGAUUGUGCCUUUUUUUAAAGCCAACUUUUAUCAGUACCCCCAGCAAAAAGUGAUCACACACUCACACACACUACCACCAUGCCUUCUGCUUUUGUAAAAGAGAGAUACAGAAUAAGCAAAUCUACACAUAUAUAUUUUAUUCAAAUAUAUAUUGAAUUCAAAUAUUAUAUUUCAAUAUGGUCAUUUGAUACAAAUCAGGAAAAUCCUACUAUUUUUAAUGGUAAAGAUAUGUAUAUAUUCUAGCGGGCAUAUUAUUACCAGUAUAAUUCAGCCUUUGCCUUCUCACCCUUGCCUUCUCUUGACCGUUGAGCUGCGAUGACAAAGGCCACCGGUGUCAGAGUUUUAUAUUUAUAUUGUAAAAAAACAAACAAAAAAAAACACGUGUAUUCAGGGGACGAAGGGGUGUGACGGGACAAACGAGCGAGCGCGAACAUUUAGCCAGAGCUGGGUCGAACCGUGUUUGUUUUCACACGCGUGGAGUGGCAGCUGGGUGGGGUUUACCACGUCAGGACAGUCACAGGAAGGUAUAUUAGUUGUGUUUUUGUGUGUUUGAUUCAUUUAUUUCCUGCUUGGUGCGCUCCACCCGCCUCAAACUGAACUCCUAAAUUAUUUGCAGCCACCGUUUAACCCACAUCGGCUGAGAAGUUAAAAUCAAAAACACACGGAGGCGCAGGUGAAGCGUUCUGAUUGGGCGCCGCAGAUGUGCAGACACAGCUGGACUUUGGUUUGAGCGUGGACUGUGGACUGCAGCGGCUCGGUGUGAACUCGUGGUCUGAUCUGAACCCUCACAAACACGCUGUCCUGGUUAGCAGUGAGGCUUUACUGUGGCGACAAUAAAGGGAAACAUGACAUCACGUGUGACAUCAGACGCCCCCGCAGUCUCUCUGGAGGAGACGACCCGACCAUAGAAGCUACACCCAGUCACACACAGCGAGGAAAUGGCAUCACUAAACCUCAGAGCGCCGCGGAGAGAGAGGGACUUCCCAUAGUGUGAGUCGCCCGCUCUGGCUGCUGUGUGUGUGUGUGGUUUCUAUGGUUAUGCCAUCUACACACACACACAACGUUAUUCAACAGAGACUCCUGGCCCGAGUUAUUUAGCCCCGUUUUUCUCGUCCAGAUCAUCCAACCAGCUCCAGUCUCACACAGUUAAACCCUGAAUUAUUCAUAGCCGAGCCAAACUUUGAUUUAUGGUGAUAUUUUUAUUUGACCGGUGAGGUUUCUUCUGACUGGAAAUGACACGAACAAGUGACAAAAGACAGUCAAACAUUGUUUUAGGGAUGUUAAUGAUGAAUUUUAGUUGUCUUAUGUUGUUUUUUUUAUGCAUUUUUACUAAAAAUACAGUCUUCUCAGUGAUCAAUCUUGAGCACAAACAUGGUUCUAAGAAGCUUUCUGCAUGUUUUCACUGUGAUUUUGGACAUUUUAGCCAAAAGGUCAACAUCUUUGUUCAGUGUCUGAUUGAGAUGGUUCUAGAACUGAUUUAAGGACGAUUCUACUAUUCUUCACAGGAGUCACUUCUGGUUUCCAGGCAACCUCUUUAAGACUUUUGACUGUGUGGAGCUCCUUGUAGAUUUUGACUAAGCUUUGCACUGUGGCCUCUUUCACUUUAAAACCCUUGAAAAUGACUUUAAAGCUUUUCCUUGCCUUGUGUCAAAUGAUAAAACAAUGUUUUAGAGAUUGUAAUGACACAUUUUAAUGAUUUCAGUGUUUGUUUUUUAGAUUUUUCUUUCAAAUUGCCUCAAACUUUUGAGAAAAUGCACCUUCAGAACAUGAUAGAAAUUAGUUGAACCAUUUUGAAUGAUCGCAUUGAGCAUUUAAAUAUGCUUUAAGUUGAGAAACAGCUCAUGCAGUCGCGCUUUGGUCCGUUUUUAAUCGAUUUUAAGUCAUGGCUGAAACCAAAGAACUCAGUUAAGAACUCCAGUUGCACUUUGUGGCUUCUCACAAGACAAGAAAAGGCUUUAAAACGUAUCCGAGUGUUUGUAAGUGCAAGCACCCACAGGGAAAAGCAGAAUUAAAAAGUACAAGUUCCACACUGAAAAAUCUCUAAGGGCUUCAGGAAGACAAAAGUGACCCCUGCUCUGGAAAAAAUGGUGGAAUCCAACGAUUAACACCAAAAGCAUCCUGAUGAAUGUGAGUCAGGAUCACAGAAGGUCCAAAAUCCUAGUGGAGACAUGAAAAAAAAAAAGCUGUUUGUUUGCUGUGGUGGCAAAAAAAAGGCUUUAAAAUUAACCUUGAAUAUAUUUUGUGACUUCAAAAAUGUAAAAUAAUCCACUUAGAAACAAUUAUGCUUUAUUGUUAGCAUCUCAAAAACAAUUUAACAGCUUUUGUCACUUUUGUGUGCCAUUUCCAACCAGACGAAAACUACAGCUCAAAGAAAACUACUAUAAAUCAAAAUUUGUCCUGCUCGGUUUCUUCACCAGGCACCAACAAGUCUCACAUCCUUCCUGAUCCGGAUCUAAGCUGAAGAUUUGUUAAACUGUGCCUGCAAAUCCAUUUAGGGAACUAUAAGGACAGAUGUAGCAGUUAGCAAGCGUCUGGUAGAGGAAGUCAACACCUGAACGGUCACACCUGUGCUGCCUUACCUGUCGUGGCUUCAAACUAUAAACACAAGAGAACAACUGUUUCCCCACCAGGUCGAUAUUCUCACCCCUUGACUUCACCGAUGCUGUUCUUAUCUUGUUUUUUUUCCUGUAUUUUUUCAGACAUAUUACUGUUACUCCUGUAAUUAUUAUAUUAUUAACAUUUUUUUGAUUAUGUUGUACCCUCUUGCCAUUGGCCCCGCCUCUUCUCCAUGAAUUCCUGGUUGUUUUUCUGUGAGUUCUUGUUCCAGUUUGCACUCUUUCCUCAUGAACCUUAACUAGUCGGCUUCAGUGCAGUCUCUUUUUUAUUUUUUUAACUCGCUCUGAUUUUAUAACCAUGUUACCGUGGACAAGAGGAGGGUCACAUGAUUCCCACAUGAUAUACAAGCGAGGGGAAGAAGCAAUUGUUUUCUUUUUUUUUUUGAUGUUGUGUAUAUAUAUUUUUUUCCAUUUUGGAGGAUUCCGUAAGACAAGAAGAGCAUUGUACUGUUUAACCAUUGUAUUAUUUGACAUGCGUCCCUUCCUGUCCUCUCGGAGCGUCUUCGUCUCUCCUCUCACCUCGGCGGUGAUGCUUCACUCCAGAGGAGAGACGGAGGCUUUUGUUUUUAUCACGGAGGAUCCACCUGUACUUCUGUUUCCCUUCUAUCUGUUCAUCUUCAUUUGUAAUUAAAUAAUAAUCAGGGUUCAGUAAAAAAGGUAAAAAUUG